UUUUACAUAAAGCAAAUUAACACAGUCAGUUUAUCGUUCCAUAGAUAAAGAAAAAGAAUAAAAAUACUGUUUUUGUGUAGCGUGUGAUAAAAACGUUUAGUAUAUUCCAGUAUUUGUGCUAAUUAGUAGUAACGAUUCAUUAAAGAAAAUGAAUUUGCGUAAUUUAUUUAGUGGUAUUAAUAAGGUGAAAUGUUUCCAAAGAAGACAAAUAUCUCAAUAUUAUCCCAUAGAUGAACAUAUUUUUGGAUUAUCGGAUGAACAGAUCCAAUUAAGAGACACUAUUUUCAAUUUUGCACAAAAGGAAUUGGCCCCGAUCGCUAAUGAAAUAGACAAAAAAAAUAAUUUCGAGAAUGUACGAGAAUUCUUCAAAAAGUUAGGCAGCUUGGGGACUUUAGGUAUUACAGUGAAUCCAGAGUAUGGUGGUACUGGAGGAAGUUAUACAGAUCACGUUAUUAUUAUGGAAGAAUUAAGCAGAGCAUCUGGAUCGAUAGGCUUAUCUUAUGGCGCACAUUCUAACUUGUGUGUCAAUCAAAUUCACAGAAAUGGUAGUGAAUAUUUAAAGAAAAAAUAUCUUCCAAAAUUAUGUAGUGGGGAAAAUAUUGGUGCAUUAGCAAUGUCAGAGCCAGGAUCUGGAUCUGAUGUAGUAUCUAUGAAGUUGAAAGCAGAAAAAAGAGGAGAUCAUUAUAUUUUGAAUGGUAACAAAUUUUGGAUAACUAAUGGUCCGGAUGCAGAUGUUCUUGUAGUUUAUGCCAAAACAGAUUCGCAUUCUAAAAAACCCCAACAUAGUAUAUCAGCGUUUGUAAUUGAAAAAGGAUUCCAAGGAUUUAAAACGGGUCAAAAAUUAGACAAACUUGGCAUGAGAGGUUCAAAUACUGCAGAAUUGAUUUUCGAAGAUUGCAUAGUUCCCAAAGAAAACCUGUUAGGGACAGAAAAUAAAGGAGUAUAUGUACUUAUGAGUGGUCUAGAUUUAGAAAGACUAGUAUUGGCAGCUGGCCCAGUAGGAAUCAUGCAAGCUUCUUGUGAUGUAGCUUUUUCAUAUGCCCAUGUUAGAAAACAAUUCAAUACACGAAUUGGUGAAUUCCCAUUAUUACAAGGAAAAUUGGCAGAUAUGUAUACCACAUUAAGUGCAUGUAGAAGUUAUUUAUACAGUGUUGCUAGAUCUUGUGAUAAGCAAAAAAUUAAUAGAAAAGAUUGUGCAGGUGUUAUAUUGUACUGUGCUGAAAAAUCUGUGAAAAUUGCAUUAGAUGCUAUACAAAUUUUGGGAGGAAAUGGUUAUAUUAAUGAUUAUCCCACUGGACGAUAUCUAAGAGACGCCAAAUUAUAUGAGAUUGGAGCUGGAACCUCGGAAAUUAGAAGACUUGUGAUAGGCAGGGCUAUUAACUCUGAAUAUUCUUGAAAGUAUUACUUAUAUUGGUGGAAACAUGGUCCAUUAUCAAUUAUAUUUUCAAGAUGAAUGGUACAAUAAAGUGAUUGGAUAUGUGACUUAAAGAAUUUUCUAAAUAUAUAUACUUAUGUCAAAAA